CCUUUCGGCGCGCAUGUCUUCGAUGUUCACUCAAUACCCGGAUUUUGGUCACCAUGCUUCUCCAUUUUUUUGUCUGGUUCUGUCUACUUGCUGUCGCUCACUCAUGGACACAGGAAUUUGAAUCACCAAGCGUUCUGAAGUCGAUGCCAGAAUCCCUCGAUGCCGAUCUCCAGGAUCUCUUGAACAGCCUAAGUCAGCAAGAAGUCAAAAAACCAACCAAGAUCGCAAUCAUCGGAGGCGGCAUUGCUGGUGUGUCCAUCGCAUACAAGCUCCGCGGCCGGGAAUCAAAGACGUGGUCCCCGCAGGUGACCUUGUUCGAACAGGACUCCCGUCUGGGUGGUAGAAUCCACAGCAUUUCCAGGUCCGACGCAAAUCCAGACUUGAUCGAAGCCGGCGCUGCCACAUUCGACUGGGAUGAUCUCUGUGUGGCCCGUCUCUUCCGCGAAGCAGGGGUGGUUCUCAUCGAUCCGCAAGACCGGGAAACCGGCGACAACCCCCAGACCCGCAGCAUCAGUCUCUACGAUGGCCAUAACAUCGUUGGGAGGAAAUUGUCUGGUCCGCAAACCUGGACGCACGCUGCCAAAAAGGUCUGGCAGAAUCGCGGGUCGGUCUGGUUUUGGAGGCAUCUGCUUGUGCGGGUUGUCGCCAUCGGCUGGGGGGAAUGGUACUCUUACACUUGGAGCGAGAUUGUCAGUACGGCCGCGAAUUACGCUGCCUCGGCGGUGAGUCCAUGGGAGGAUGAGGUUACUCGGUUUGCGACUCGGUUCGGUCUGUCGGUUAAGCCCCAAAUAUCCGCGCGAUGGGGCAACGAGCGUGCUCUGCGGAGACUUGCGCUUCUUUCUCAGGCUACCGUCCGUCUAAAUUCCACCGUCACGCAUAUCACGAUACACGACGAGCGGACAUUCGACGUUGCUUGGUCGACAGCCACGGACGACGGAGGCAGCGAGGAACCGCAUACCGAUAACUUCGACGCUGUCAUCAUCGCAGCCUCCUUAUCCCAGACCGGCAUCACAAUCACCCCUGAACUCCAAACACCGCCUGAACCUGUGGAAUACACACCUCUCCACAUCACGCAUUUCACCUCGAUGCGAAAUCUCGACCCAACCGCCUUCAACCUUUCCGCCACCGAGCGCGUCCCCGAUGAGAUCUGGAAUCUCAACCUCCAGUCGAAUCAUGACGAAAGUCCAUCAACGACGCCCCCCUUCCUCACCCUAGCCCGCACAACGUUCGACUGGAGAUUAGGUUGCGAAAUCCACUCCGGGAAUGUCUUCCGUGUCACCUCGAUGGCACCCUUGACCGACGACGACAUCGCCAGGCUCUUCAAUUUCACUGACCCCGGCAAAGUCACCUUCCCUCACCAGAACUGCGACUUACACGUUACGGAUUCGUACGCGGAACGAGGGAGACGGUACCCUCGAGUCGGCGGGCCUUCAGUUUUCCUUGACGAUAUGGAUCAUGAGGGGUGGUUUCUACGGAACUGGGAGUGCACGCCCGCGCCGAGGGUGAGAUGGGUGCAUCGGCAGGUUUGGGCUAAUGGGGUUCCAGUGGUGACGAAGGCGGAUACGGAGGAAGAUUUGGUGACCUAUGGGGUGGUGGGCUAUGGGGAUAUGAUGAGGGAGCGACGUAGGGAGUCCAUGAAGUUGGCGCCGGGGCUGUUCUAUGUCUCUGGAAUUGAGGCUAGCAAUGGGGCCUCUCUUGGUGAGAGUGUGCGUAUGGGAGCGGAGGUGGUGAGUCUGUUGAGUUGUGGUUGAAUCUUCUAUUGUCGUUGGAGAUUUACUGUCGAUUACCAGGGCUGUAUCUCUGGAUAUGGCCUCAGUUCGGACAUUGGGCUUUCUGAAGCCCGAACUUUCGAGUACAUUCAGAACCGUGUGCUUCAUGCCAGUAUUGAUGUAGAUAUGAAAACUCUUAGACGAG